AUGCUACCACCACUUCGCACUUUUGGACGAACUCGCUGUCCCUUGAGAAUUCCUCGACUUUUGCAUUCCAGUUCAUUCGAGGCGUCCUACCAGUCGACAUAUGAUGAAUAUCACGAUGUUGUUAUCGUUGGGGGUGGACCCGUUGGUUUGGCUUUGGCCGCUUCGUUAGGGUCAUCGUCGAUCACAUCUCAUCGACUUUCAGUCGCACUCAUUGAAGCCAGUAAUCUGGACAAAAUUCGCACGUGGAACCCGCUGCCUUCGACAUAUUCAAACAGAGUGAGUUCUAUAACGAACGAGUCUUCGUCAUUUUUGAAGAAGCAUCAAGCUUGGCGACAUGUGAACGUAGAACGAACUGCCCCAAUCCGGGACAUGCAUGUUUGGGAUGGCAUCUCCGAUGCACGCAUCACUUUCUCCGCAUCUUCCAUUUCGCGAUCCGAGAUGGCUCGCCUCACAGAGAACCUGAACCUACAACGGGCCCUCCUUCGGCGAAUAGACGAGCUAAGUGGCCCAAGCAUUCGCCUUUUUGACAAUGUUAAGGUCAACACUAUUGUCCGAGAGAUGGGAACGUCAGCGUUGGAUGGAGGAGGAUGGCCUAUCAUCGUAUUGUCCAACGGGCGAAGUAUCCGGGCACGACUACUUGUUGGCGCAGACGGGUUCAAUUCUCCGGUGCGGUCGUUCGCCGGAAUACCCAACUUUGGCUGGGCAUACCCUACCCAUGCUGUAGUUGCCACGUUGCAGCAUCACCCCAUUCAGCCCAUUUCACCAUUCACCGAAGCCCGAAACGGUUUGAAUACCACUGCGUAUCAGCGACAUCUUCCCACCGGGCCCAUUGCAUUUCUCCCGCUAACUGACAAUAUCUCAUCCCUUGUUUGGUCGACGACUCCAGAGAUUGCUCUCGCUCUCAAGACUUCCCACUCUGCAGUUCUUUCCCAAAUGGUGAAUGCCGCUUUCCGACUGCCUCAUGUAUCCAUUGAGUAUCUCGGAAACGUUUUGUUGGAGAGCAUGUCAAGAGAUCUCGCAACAAACUCGCCAACCACGACGAUCACUCCUGAGCAGCUGGGAAACGAGAUAUCGUUCAGGGAGAAAUCUCACGGAAUAUCACCAGAAUCUGCUCUCUCUUCAUUGCGUUAUGAGCAAGGACACACAGGCAUCCCGCCGUUAGAUGCAGAGCUGUAUCCUCCACUCGCUUACUCCACUCAGCCCGGAACGCAAGCGUCUUUCCCUCUUAGGCUAUCGCACGCUACAACCUACAUCGGCGAAGGUUUACAAGGGUGCCGUGUUGCUCUUGUGGGAGAUGCUGCACACACGAUCCAUCCUCUUGCUGGCCAGGGUUUGAAUAUGGGUUUAGGUGAUGUAGAAUGCCUCGUUAAGGUCCUGGAGGAUGCUGUGGGCAUUGGCAGUGAUAUCGGUUCUUAUACAUCACUUCUACCGUACCACCAAGGAAGAUACGCCACCAAUCAUAUGCUUCUCUCCGCUACGGACAAGCUGCACAAGAUAUAUUCAAUGACGAAUACUCCGAGCGUAUGGGCCCGCUCUGUCGGCGUGGAAGUCCUAAAUGAACUGCACAGCGUGAAAGGCACGAUGAUGAGCUUUGCGGGUGCCGACGACUCCGAGAAUGUGAACCCGUCGACGGGGAAGUGGAAUGCGGUGGCGACUGGCGUCGAGGCUGUUGGAACGGCGGAGAAGGCUGCGAAAGCAGUGGCGCUGGGUCUGGGUAACGUCGCACGCAGUGCAUUUGAGAGUGUGCUGAGAUCCUUGCCUCGAUGA